ACGCCCCCCAUGCUUAAGCCCUUCUCCUCACCAUUCGUAACUGAUAAGAGGGAACAACAUCCACAACUCCCACAAUGGUCAGAUCCAUCAUCAAGCAGUACGGAUACUCCAGAAGACAUCUAACACCAACGUACAGGAAGAAGUCAUAUCUCAGCACCAGUUUUGGCCACAGAAAUUACUCACUCUACAUAAGCAGGGUCCUAAAGGAAGUUGCUCCCCAGAGGCACAUAUCAUCCCGCACCUUGGACAUGAUGAACGCCCUGAUCAACAACAUCUUCGAACGCAUUGCUACGGAAGCCCACCACCUGAUGUGUUCCAGAAAUCGUUGUACCCUCGCCCCAGAAGACAUCCAGAGGGCAGUGUAUUUGCUGUUGCCUGGGAAACUUGCUAAGUACGCCAUGGCUUUUGGAGAUGAAGCAGUCCACAGAUAUGUCCACUCCUAAACUCCAUGUACCAGCUUCAUCGAAUCUUGAGGAAAAUAAAUCAAACUUAACCUAAACAAUUA